UUGAGGAAGCAGACGACUCACCAACAUCGCGCGUUCCUCCAUCGAUUUCUUUUCGGUCGGCGCGCCAACUCGUCUCCAAAUUAAACCUUUAUAUGAAAUUACUCCCGAUCUUGGGCAUCACCCGGAACACGGCUCUGUACGUGUGGCAGCCGAGUCUCAUACACGCUGCUUUUGAUAUUGGAGCAGUUUGAUUUUAUCAACCUUGGACGGACUAGAACGAGAAGGCCGUAACAUGCGAAAGGUCUGAUACCAAUCGGACUGGUUGGAGGCCACAUCGAAGCAGAUAGCAAUCAACAACGCACGGCAGACGACACCAAAUUGAGUUACCGCGGAGUAAGGGAAAAAAAUGGAUGCGCCCAACAGCUUCAAGGGAACCAAUUAUCAUCGAUUAUGUGCGCCUGCGUAUUGCAGGUAGUCCGGGCAUGCUUUCAGCGGAUGACGGACGCAUUGGCGGUGGAUCCGUGCAGGUUAGCUGGGUUUAUAAUUCGGUGAUCACUCCAGAUGCCCGCGGUACAAUAAUGCCCUGAUGUUCUGAUACGGAUGUCAGCGCAGGCGGAAGACACUACAGGGAGACUUUCUCCAACGGAUUGGAGGGAACAUUUUAAUCUUCUCGUCGGUGCUUUUUUCUCGACUGUGUAAAGGUGGCCAUUCAAUAUAACUACGCCGAGAAGAAGUAAUGACUUAGUUGUCAAGUUAUCAACUGCACAUCGGCCGGGACGAAUGGUUUAGAGUGUUAUUAAUGGCCCGGAGAUUGUGUUGAAUUCACAGAGGAAAAACAAAGCUUUAUUUUGACAACAUGCCGCCAAAAGUGUAACCAGGCAUUUCUUUAAAAGGUGCAUAUAUCGGGAAUCAGAUAGCGACGCUAGAGAGGAGAGAAAUAUAUAAAUUCAGAGGUGCAUUUUAAUCAUCACCCGAGUGCAUUAUUACGGUCCCAUGCGUGGGCCUACUAUACACCGUGUUGUUUUUUGACGGCCAAGCCGUCUGCGUACCGUGCCAAAACAUCCCCCUCUGACACAUCUCCCAGGUUGUCAUCAAUACUCGCUGAUCUCCUAGGAUUCCUUCAUCUCGGAUCAACGUCUCCUUUAGCUUCUCUCUGAUUUCUCCGGUGUCUAAUCUAUGCAAAGCCAUACUCGUCGAGGCCCAGCGGCAAGUUCACCCCCAUGACUAGCUGGCUCUUCUUCCCUCGAUAUCUCUCCAAAGAAUCAUUCUUCACCGAACGGCGCUCGUUUCGUCAGCCAUCCUUUUUUUGUUCUCAUAUAUGUUAGUGCACAGCUGCGAUUCGCCUGUUUAAUUGUUUGAUGCAAGCUUUUCAUUUACCGGACAGGACAUUCAGUGUCGUUAGAUAGGAGAAACACAGUUUGCAGUUGGAUUUUCACGGUAUGCUCACUUCCGCAUGUACCGCUGACAUUUUACGGUUUGUUCGUUUUGCAAUCCACACUAGAAUUACCCAGCGCCAUCUUGGAGCUAGCUUCAAUCAGUGGGACUCUAUUGCCAUUUUCACUCUAUCAAAAACGUGCCGAUGUGUGCAGUGAAAUCAUAUUUUGAGCGCCGUGAACCAUGAGAUGCUCGGUGAAUUGUGAAAUCGCAAAUCCAGUUAUAUUUUGACGGAGGUUGGGCUCUGCAGAUGUGUGAGGGAAGCCAUGGCGAUGAAAAACAAACGCCGUAAACAUCUCGUCAAACAGCAGAUCGGAGUGGUCAUUACCGACCUGGAAAAGGUGAUAUCAGAGCUGAAUACUGUGGUCAGGGAGCUGAAGGGAGUACUGAACCAAAUCGAGCGGGUCUCGACGUACUUGGAUGACGAGCAAACGAAACAAGUCAACGAGAGGGAGACUAAGAAAAGUAAGCGUAUCGUGAAGAAAGCCGCGUGUGUCGUCAAAAGCUGCGAAAAUGGCGUCGUCUUGCCGCGCAUGUGCAGUCCCUGCAAGUCGCUGUCGCAGUUUGUGGCAGUCCGUAACGGCCUGAAUGGUACCAAAUGUGCCUUUUCGAGCUCACCCCAAAAGUGCCGGAACGAGUUCUGCCCGCACUCCCAUGGGAGUAAGUCUUGUUCCGGGCCGGCAUCCCAGAAUGACUCAGACGCCUGCGUCUCCGGAGACGACGGGAGUCCCCGCCGCGGCGGUUGCUGCGGCGACUCCUGGUGCUCGAGUCCGCGACACGACAUCCUAGGCUGGGACCAGCGGUCCUUGUCCUUCCCGUCACCAGCCCAUAGCUUGUCGGCCAGACUGCGGGACAGCAAGGCCAACAGCGAGUCGCAGACCUCGUGUAGUGACGACGCGCAGUCGACUACUGAUUUCCAAGCCGACUACAACCGGGACAUCAACACGUGGACAACCUACGCGAUGGUGCACAUCGACGCGUCUAGUGACGCGUGGUCAGCUGACGAAGCGACCGUAGGGAGCGACGUCUUGUCCCCGACCCACUCGCAUCAUUCUGGGGAACGACGAAUCAUGCCAGUCUCACCCCUAGUCGUAGAAUCAGUAUGACAAUUACAAAUUGCCGUAAAUGUUGUCAAAAUUAUCAAUGCAAAGAUGAAAGUGUUUCUUCGCUUUGUUGUCAAUCAGAUAUACCGUUGUAACUACCAUAGCAAGGUGUCAUGUUAUUGGUAAAACUAGAUUUUAGUAGUAAUUCUUGAAAGUAAAACUAGUAACUCGGAACAAGAGAUAAACAAGUAAGGAAUCUGUACAUUUUAAAUAUGAUAUUUUUUAUUUUUAAACUCAUGAGCUUUAAGUUUAAAGAUUACAAUUUGUUUACCAUGAUCAUAUAAGCUAUAAUUUGAAAUCAGAUAUUUUGUCUUAGGCAAACAAUAAUGUGAAUAUCUGCCUUCGUGUUGCAUACUGCCAGAUUGUUCACGUACAUACUGUAGUUAAACCACGCACGGGCGUCGGUUUUGUAAAUGACACGUUUAACAAUUGAGUGCAUUAACUGUACAUAUUCAUUCUUUAUGACAUAAACACUAUUUUCUUGAAUCGUAAAAUUUCCAUAAAAAACAAACAAACAAACAACACAACCGACUGUCUUGUAAAACCUACAAAGCCAACAUUGGACCUGGUUGUAUAUUUAUAUAUAUAUUUCCGAAUCUGUCAGAAUUGGAAUAGGCCUACCUAACAAACGUAAAGCACUAAGUAUAAACGUAGGUCACAUGGCAAAAAGAGACAGAACUGGGCAGAGGUCGAAAUGAGGGUUUGCGGAUAUAGGAAAGA